CGAGCCGUCCAAUAGAAAUCUUAUAUAGGCGGGUUUUCAAGCGGAAGUUCUACGUUUUUUUUUAAUUGUGCGUGUGAGUCCUGCGGGUUGCUAGUUUUUCAAGUGUUUGGUUUGUAGAAGCACGUCUAAUAAUCAAUCAUGACAAACCAGGAGAUGCGGCUAAAUCACACUAUUUACAUCAACAACUUAAAUGAAAAGAUUAAAAAAGAUGAACUGAAGAAGUCGUUGUAUGCUAUAUUCUCCCAGUUUGGACAAAUUCUGGACAUCCUUGUUUCUCCUACAUUGAAAAUGAGGGGUCAGGCAUUUGUGAUUUUCAAGGAGAUCAACAGUGCUUCCAACGCGCUGCGCUCCAUGCAAGGCUUCCCAUUUUAUGAUAAACCUAUGCGUAUUCAAUAUGCAAAGCAGGACUCCGAUAUCAUUGCCAAAAUGAAAGGCACUUACGUGGAGCGAGACCGUAAGAAAGAGAAGAAAAAGCCCAAAGCCCCUGAAGGAGGCGCUGGGAAAAAGGCUUCUGCUGCCGCAGCUGGCAUGGCCGGAGUACCUGCAGCGAUGCCCGGAAUGCCGCCCAUGAGCCAAGCCCCUCGCAUGAUGCCGAUGCCUGGCCAGCCUCCCUACAUGCCUCCGCCUGGUAUGAUGCCUCCUCCUGGCAUGGCACCCGGGCAGAUGCCUCCAGGUGCCAUGCCUCCAGGUCAGAUGAUGCCAGGACAAAUGCCUGGCCAGAUGCCGCAGCAGGUGUCAGAAAACCCUCCCAACCACAUCCUGUUUCUCACCAAUCUCCCAGAGGAGACGAACGAGCUCAUGCUGUCUAUGCUGUUCAACCAGUUUCCUGGGUUCAAAGAAGUGCGUCUUGUCCCGGGUCGCCACGACAUCGCCUUUGUGGAGUUUGAUAACGAGGUGCAGGCGGGUGCAGCCAGAGAGGCUCUGCAAGGCUUCAAGAUCACACAGAGCAAUGCAAUGAAAAUCUCAUUUGCAAAGAAGUAAUUUAAAUACUUGCAGCUUCUAAGACAAAUGACAGUUAUACGCAGGCCUGCAUCUAGAAACCACUGACCCCUUGGGACAGUUCAGGCUGUUUAAUGUUGAAUAGGUUAUACACACACGAAAGGAAAAACUCCAGAGAUGAAACUUGAUUUUUUUUUUUUUUUGGAUGAAACUUGCCUAGUGGUGCCCAAUAGAUUUUUUUUUUUAAUUUUUUUUUAUAUAUAUAAACUGCACACUGCAAGGUAAGGAGUGAAUGGAAAGCCCCACUACUUCAUCUUAACGUUUUUAUUCAUUCUUCUGAGAUGGUCGGCUUUGGUGAAUUUGUAAGUAUGCAGGGUUUUUGGUUUUUUUUUAAAUUGUCUUCAAAAGCAUUGCACCCAGAGUCUGGUCCCCAGACAUUGUACCUGGAGCUUUAAUGUUUUUAUUAAAUUACAAUGUUUUACAAGUUG